AUCAGUUAAUAUAUGUUUUACACAUUGCUCACACUGGCGCUGUGUUUGCUGAGCAAUCUGCGCUGUAGGGGCUAUCGCAUAGCUUUGUGCUCUGGGAGGGAUUUACCCGCCGGUUUCUGUCGGCGUGUAUAUUCUUCUAUAGGUACUGGUAGCAACAAUGGCACCGAAUCGAUAAUAUCUUUAAAUACAAAUACUGAGCUAAAACCAGCUCAAUUUAGCGGUAGAAUUGUGCUAAUUGAUAGCGAAAAUGCUGAGCAUUACCAGGAUUCUGCGGCAGCAUUGUUGAGCACAAAAUGCGUGGGUUUUGAUUUGGAGUAUGUACCUGACUACUACGCAUCUAUACAUCGGCAGAGUUUUGAUAGAACACGUCCGGCUGUUAUACAGAUUGCCAGUAAUGACAUCUGCUUGGUCUACCUUAUGUACAAGAUCGGUCAUUUGCCAUCAUCAGUAUCGCAUAUUCUAUCAGACCCCGACAUUCUUAAGAUAUCACAUGGAGCACCGUCUGAUAUGCGAUUAAUGUAUCGACACUUUGGCGUACGCAGUCGUAGCUUCGUUGACCUUCAGAGUGUCUGCGAGGAGCUUCAGCUACGGCCGUGCAGUUUGAAAAGUGUCGUACAACGUGUUCUUGGACUACGUCUAAGCAAGAAGCAGCAAUGCUCCAAUUGGGAGGCUGCUGAGUUAAGUCAACAGCAGAUUAAGUACGCUGCGACAGAUGCGUGGGUUACAUUAGCUGCGUUUUUGAAAUUGAAGCCGAAAUCAUUGCGAAAACUCGUGGUUAACGAGUUGGGUGAUGUCCAGGUUGAUUCUGGAACUUGAACAACCUAAUCAUUUUACGUUCAUGA